GGGACGGUGGGAGCCGGUGCUUCUGGCCUUUGCACUCGCUCACUGACAAGACGCCUGGCACAAAGCUGAUGGACCAGUGGAUGGACUGUAUAAGUUACCCACCCACCGUAAUAGAGCAUUUGCUGUCUGUCAUUUAGUCCUACUGGCAAACAACUUAAAUGGAAACUUUUAUCAUCUGUGCUUUUCAAAAGAGGAAACUGAGUCCAGGCCAGAUCGUGUGUCUGCUUACACAGCGAGGAAGUCGCCGCACAUGAUCAGGGUCUGUUUCUCCCACCACAGCCAUUCCCACCUCUGCACUAGCUGCUCCUUCUGCCUUGAAUGACUUUCUCCCAGAUCCUUUCCUGGCUCGCUUCUUAUUGUCCGGUCUCAGCAAAAAUGGCACUUCCCCAGACCCCUCUGAAGCCCAUCAGGCCCCUUUUCUUCUUCAAUCACAGCACUAUGACUGCCUAAAGUCGUCUCAUUCGCCUGUUUUUCUUUGUCUUCACCUCUGGAACAUAAGCUUCACGAAGGCAGGGGCCUGUGGGUCCUGUUCACCCACAUCCUGGCUCCUCGCAUGCAGUAGGCACUCAAAUGCCUGUUUAACAAAUCAAGUGGUCCCGGGGCUGCUAAGUCCUUUCCACCCUGGCUUUCCCCGGGACAUUUCAUUCACUCUGUGCAUCAAGGCGCUGUUGGUGUUCGUGUGUUGCAGGGGUAGGGGGCUGAGGUCCUCUCCUGCCGGGAAUUCUGGCCCAAGAAGCGAGGGUCACUGCUCGGUUCAGGGGCGACUUGGGCCUUGAGGUCGGACGAUCACCAAAUAGGUUUUUGAAGCCCGAGCUGACUCCGUGGCAAAGCCUUCAAGCUUGCGGGAGGCUGCUCCAGGCCUCUCUACUGUAACGCGCGCGCAGUCCCGACCGCACCGCGCACGCCCUGGCCCCGCCCCUCGGCGCCGCGCACGCCCCGUCCCGGCCUCCCCGGCGUGCCGAGCUAGGGCGGGGCAGGCAGACGCGGGCCCGGAACUGUGGAGCGAGGCUCGUCCAGCUUUUCCGGCGCCAGGUCCCGGGGCCGCCAUGGAGCCCCGGGAGGUUGCGGAUGCCGUGGAGACGGGGGAUGAGAACGUGAUUUUGGAGGCUCUGCUCGCGUACAACCGGGAGAACUCCCAGAGCUUCACGUUUGAUGAUGCCCAACAGGAGGACAGGAAGAGACUGGCGGAUCUGCUGGUCUCCGUCCUGGAGCAGGGCUUGCCACCGUGCCGCCGCGUCAUCUGGUUGCAAAGCAUCCGCAUCCUGUCCAGGGACCGCAGCUGCCUGGACUCUUUCACCAGCCGCCAGAGCCUGCAGGCACUUGCUUGCUAUGCAGGCAUCUCCGCCUCCAAGGAGUCGGAGCCCCUGGACAUGGAUGUCGUGCUCGAGUCCCUUAAGUGCCUGUGCAACCUCGUGCUAAGCAGCCCUGUGGCACAGGCGCUGGCUGCAGACGCCGGGCUAGUGGCAAAGCUUGCCGAGCGCGUGGGACGGUGCCGCCAGAGCAGCUUCCCGCACGACGUCCAGUUCUUUGAUUUGCGCCUCCUCUUCUUGCUAACGGCACUUCGCACCGACGUGCGCCACCAGCUGUUUCAGGAACUGCAGGGAGUGCACCUGCUGACGGAGGCGCUGGAGCUGACUCUGGGAAUGACCCCCAAAGAGAGGCCCCCUGAGCUCCUCCCUACCCAGGAGACUGAGCGGGCUAUGGAGAUCCUCAAAGUGCUCUUCAACAUCACCUUCGACUCCAUCAAGAAGGAAGUGGAUGAGGAAGACACUGCCCUUUACCGGCACCUGGGGACCCUUCUGCGGCACUGUGUGAUGGUUGCUGCUGCUGGAGACCGCACAGAGGAGUUCCACGGCCACACAGUGAACCUCCUAGGAAACCUGCCCCUCAAGUGUCUGGACGUCCUUCUCACCCUGGAGUCACACGAAGGCUCCUUGGAGUUCUUGGGAGUGAAUAUGGAUGUGAUUCGUGUCCUCCUCAACUUCCUGGAGAAGCGUUUGCACCAGACGCACAGGCUGAAGGAGAGCGUCGCCCCUGUGCUGAGUGUGCUGACGGAGUGUGCCCGCAUGCACCGCCCUGCCAGGAAGUUCCUGAAGGCACAGGUGCUGCCCCCACUGCGGGACGUGAGGACCCGGCCAGAGGUUGGGGAGCUCUUGCGGAACAAGCUGGUUCGCCUCAUGACGCACCUGGACACCGACGUGAAGAGGGUGGCUGCUGAGUUCCUGUUUGUCCUGUGCUCUGAGAGUGUGCCCCGAUUCAUCAAGUACACGGGCUACGGAAAUGCCGCAGGCCUCCUGGCUGCUAGGGGCCUCAUGGCCGGGGGCCGGCCUGAGGGCCAGUACUCGGAGGACGAGGACACAGACACAGAGGAGUAUAAGGAAGCCAAGGCCAGCAUAAACCCAGUGACUGGAAGGGUAGAGGAAAAACCACCCAACCCCAUGGAGGGCAUGACAGAGGAGCAGAAGGAGCAUGAGGCCAUGAAGCUGGUGAACAUGUUUGAUAAGCUCUCCAGGCACAGAGUCAUCCAGCCCAUGGGGAUGAGUCCCCAGGGCCAGCUCACAUCCCUGCAGCAUGCCAUGUGUGAGACCAUGGAGGGGCAGCUCUCCUCGGACCCUGACUCGGACCCCGACUGAGAAUGGCCGCUCUUCUGCUCCCCUUCAGAACUGGUGCUGCUUCCAGAGGUGUCCUUGAGGCCCCAGGGAAGCCACAUCGCUCCCUCCAACUUGGGGACCCCUUUCUCUUUACGCCCAAAGUUCUAUCCAUGAUUCGCCUUUGGUCCGUUCUCUUCUCUCUAGGACCGCAAGACACUGCAAGGUCUUGUCCUGCUAUAACUCGGGAAGCUCAGCCUUGAUGUGCGCCUGAGGGCAGGGCUUAACUGAAGGCAGAAUGAGCAUGCAUUUGGGAGGGCGAGGGCUGAGCAUGGGCACUUGCAGAUGCAGGCAUGUCCACAGCUGGCCUGCUGGCCCAGAGCUGGUGUCGGGCAGGUGCCACGUUUGACAGGGGAAAGGACCUGCUGGAACUUCAUGUGCUAAUGUCAGAAACACGCUUCCAAGGUAUGCGCUGCUGUUUUUGUCCCCAUUGAGUGCAGGGCUGGUUGCCUCUUGCAUCCUUGAUCCUGACUCAGCACCCAAGUUUUCACUGGUUGUAGCAGUUGAAUCUCAAUCCUUCCCGUUGGCUUAGACCAUAAAUACGUGAAGGAAAAUGUCCCCUCUGAAACCAUAAGUCUAGACUUCCAUCAUGUACCACCAAGCUUCACAGAAACAUCAUUCUGGAAUAAAGAGUUCCAGACAAGAA